GGCAGGCACGCACGCGCACUGAGCCUGCCGGGCGCGCGGGGUGGUGAGCCGGGGAUGACUGACUAAACCUGGGAGAAACGCUGGUGGGAGGCUCGGGCGGGUGCCGGUGCCCGCGUAGGCCGUGCUCGCCCCGCAGCCACCACCCACCCGGUGACCAUGAUAGGUUACCUACCACAAAACUCAGUGUUUGUCAGGUUCAACUCCAGCCAUGGUUUCCCAGUGGAGGUCAAUUCUGACACCAGCAUCUUCCAGCUCAAGGAAGUGGUUGCUAAGCGACAGGGGGUUCCAGCUGACCAGCUUCGUGUGAUUUUUGCUGGGAAGGAGCUUCAGAAUGACCUGACAGUGCAGACUUUUUCCAUUUGCUUCAUGAAAACACAGAAGGAAUGCUUAAGGGGUUUGACUCCAAGCUUGAGAAAACAGAAGAUCCACUGAGUGACAGCCACAGUCUCCAGAAUUCAGUCUCUUUCAGAGGCAGAACACAUGACAGUUCAGAAUUGGUCCUAUCAAAGGAUGCUGCCUUGUUUUCCUGAGAGGACCCUGGUUUGAUGGUUGACUUCUCAUUGACCUGUGGACAGCUCUCACCAUCACAAAUUUUCUAAGUCUUUUUGCUGUGGUCACAGCAUUUGAAAAGAUUCACAUAGGUUCAGAAUUUUGGCAGAUUUCAAAUGGAUCCAGUCUAAGUUUGGCUUAUUCUUCUGAAAUAUGCAAUAUGGUUCUUUAAAAGGACA